AUGUUUCGUGGCGCAGAGGAUUCGGGCUCAUUCUCUCACACACUCACUCACGGCAGCGCGAGUCCGGAGGAUGGAGACUACCAAACCGGUACAGGUGCAUGAGCUGCUGGCUGGAACAUGGAGAGACAUGGAAACGGCUUUCAAUUAUUGGCCCAAUGUCCAUAUGUGGAUCCUCUGUGCUCUGACAGGCAUCCCAUCAUCAUCCCAGCUCUAUCACUGUUCAUCUGUCACCAGACUAGAAGUAAUUGUGUAGCUCAGAGCAGCUAGGAGCCUGUAAGCAGUUUAAGAGCCGAUUUCAUCUCGGUGGGGAAUGUCUGCCUAUCUCUGGCCUGUCACUUAGAUACCACCGGAACGAUGGUUGGAGAAGAGAGGAGAGACAAUGGUAUACUGGAAGAAGGUCACAUCUGAGCAGGACACUUUCAUCUUGAGAAUGAGAGCCGAGCGUUGCCAGUUCAACUACAUCUGAAAUGACACGACACAAAUGAGGCAUCCUCCAGCUAUAUAUAAUGAUAAAUGAUUUCAGUGGAAUAUGCGGAAGAGUGUCAGGAAGCAUUCAAAACCCUGCAACAAAAUCCCACCAUUUUCAUACGCAGAAGAGACAGCUUUGACAGUUGUUGUCAAGCUGCAUACAAAUGCCGCUGCGUUCUGCAUUUCUGCCUGAGGAACCGUCGCUAAUGGCUGCGAGGCCGUUCGAGAUCUACAGCUCCAAGUGCACGUAAAUGCAUCAUAAUGCCUUCAAAAGUGUCAUGCCUCUACGUGUUGACGGUCGUUUGUUGGGCCAGCGCUCUGUGGUAUCUAAGUAUAUCCAGACCCACGUCAUCCUAUGUGAGCCAACUGUCCGUGCCGGCUCGUAAAACCGCGAAAGCGCUCAAGAACAACGCCACCACCACUUUCAGCAACAUCAGGACACGUCCGCUGAACCCACACGCCUUCGAUUUCAUCAUCAACGAGCCCAAGAAAUGCGAAACCAACGUGCCCUUCCUCGUCAUCCUCAUCACGACCACGCACAAGGAGUUCGACGCCCGCCAGGCCAUCCGGGAGACGUGGGGCGACGAGAGCACGUUCAGCGACCUUCGUAUCAUAACGCUGUUUCUUCUAGGACGCAGCACGGAUGCGGUGCUCAACCAAAUGGUGGAGCAAGAAAGCGAGAUCUUUCACGACAUCGUAGUCGAGGACUUCAUCGACUCGUACCACAACCUCACUCUCAAAACGCUGAUGGGAAUGCGCUGGGUGGCGACAUUCUGCAACCAAGCCAAGUACGUGAUGAAAACGGACAGCGAUAUCUUUGUGAACAUGGACAACUUGGUGUAUAAACUCUUGAAGCCGGCUACCAAACCUCGACGGAGGUACUUCACCGGGUACGUCAUCAACGGCGGACCCAUACGGGACAUGCGCAGCAAAUGGUACAUGCCCAGAGACCUUUAUCCUGAGAGCAAGUACCCGCCGUUUUGCUCGGGCACGGGUUACGUGUUCUCGGCGGAUGUUGCGGAGCUCAUCUACAAGACUUCCCUGCACACCAGACUCUUGCAUCUGGAGGACGUUUACGUCGGGGUGUGUUUGAGGAAGCUGGGCAUUCACCCGUAUCAGAACAGUGGCUUUAAUCACUGGAAAAUGGCCUACAGUCUCUGCAGGUACCGCCGAGUCAUCACCGUACAUCAGAUCUCCCCUGAGGAGAUGCAUCGUAUCUGGAACGACAUGACCAGCAAGAAGCAUCUCAAGUGUUAGGCAAAGAUGCCUGAGGACAUGUGUAUUUGUGACCUUCUUAAUGUCCAUGAUGCAAAAGAUCUGACUUGGAGCCUUGGGACGUGCCAAGCACAUAUUGUAGUUCUUUCUUAGAAACACUAACAUCCUUCUGGGGCAUUUCAACAACCCGUGUUGUUCAGCAGUGGGAUGAGAAUCGGUUGGGGAAACGUGCUUUUCAUGUUAAUAUUAUAACUGGGCCAGUCUGUAAAGGUUCAACAUGCUGCAGUUUCUUUUGGUUCGGAUUAGUGUUGUCAAAAGUACCGACUUCAGUUUUAAAAAUGUGACGAUACCAGCAUUUUCCUCUAGCAUUUUGAGUGGAUUCUUAAACACCUCUGAUUGGCCAUUGUGUUCAUGUGCUACAAUGGCUACAAUGAUCAACGUUUCAAAAACAUGUUGUAAAUGGACAUUUUUGACGCUCUUCACCGAGCGCAAACACAGAUAUGCAUUUUUAAAGCAGGUGUCUGAUAGUUGUCUGUUUACAACAUGUUUUUGAAGCAUUGACCAUUGUAGCCAAUCACACACUCUAAAAAAU